AGUACUACUGGGAGGAGUUCCAGGAAAAAAAAAAAAAAAAAAAAGUAAAUAAUAGUCAAGAGUGGUUUUGUGAAAGCCUCCCUUGCCUUUCAAUAAGCAAUAAAAGAAAGUCUUUGAAGAUAGAUAGAACGGAGAAGAGUUUCUUUCUUUCUUUUUUUUUUCUUUGUCUUCUUGUAUGAUAAGGCGAUUCCUAAUAGAAGAAGAAGAAGAAGAAGACGACGACGACGACGACGACGAUCGUCAAUCAAGCUAAACAAUCAAUCGAUGGAAGCAGAGAAGAAAGAGAAACCGUCUUCAUCGAAUCCUCCUCCGCCUCCGCCUCCGCCUCCUGUGGGUUGGGUGCUGCCGCACAGAACCCAAAAUGUGAGAGAAAUGUACAGUCUCGGCAAGAAGCUAGGGCAAGGGCAGUUCGGCACCACCUUCCUCUGCACCGAUAACUCCAGUGGGUCCCGCUUCGCCUGCAAGUCCAUCCCGAAGAGGAAGCUCCUCUGCCCCGACGACUACGACGACGUUUGGCGCGAGAUUCAGAUAAUGCACCACCUCUCCGAGCACCCCCACGUCGUCCGCAUCCGGGGGGCCUUCGAGGACUCGGCGGCCGUCCACCUCGUGAUGGAGCUCUGCGACGGCGGCGAGCUCUUCGAUCGGAUCGUCCGCAAGGGCCACUACAGCGAGAGAGAGGCGGCUAAGCUCAUCAAGACUAUUGUCGGAGUUGUGGAGGCCUGCCAUUCCCUCGGCGUCUUCCAUCGGGAUCUCAAGCCUGAGAACUUCCUCUUCGAUUCUGCCGACGACGACGCCGCUCUUAAGGCCACUGACUUUGGCCUCUCUGUUUUCUACAAGCCCGGUGAAACGUUUUCUGACGUUGUUGGGAGUCCGUACUACGUUGCGCCGGAGGUGCUGCGCAAGCAUUAUGGACCCGAAGCGGAUGUUUGGAGUGCUGGAGUCAUCUUGUACAUCUUGUUAAGUGGUGUCCCUCCUUUUUGGGCUGAAAGUGAAAUGGGCAUCUUCCGACAGAUACUCCAAGGAAAACUUGAUUUUGAAUCUGAACCGUGGCCUUCUAUUUCUCAAAGCGCCAAGGAUCUCAUUCGCAAAAUGCUCGACCGCAACCCCAACAAAAGGCUCACUGCCCACCAAGUCCUUUGCCAUCCCUGGAUUGUAGAUGACAGAAUUGCACCAGAUAAACCUCUUGAUUCUGCUGUGCUUUCACGCCUCAAGCAAUUCUCUGCUAUGAACAAACUUAAGAAAAUGGCUUUGCGCGUUAUAGCUGAGAGGCUGUCUGAAGAAGAAAUUGGCGGAUUGAAAGAAUUGUUCAAAAUGAUAGACACGGACAAUAGUGGAAGCAUAACAUUCGAUGAGCUGAAAGAGGGUUUGAGGAGAGUUGGCUCUGAACUGAUGGAGUCUGAGAUCAAGGAUCUCAUGGAUGCAGCAGAUAUUGACAACAGUGGAACAAUUGACUAUGGCGAAUUUCUGGCUGCUACCGUGCACUUGAAUAAGUUGGAGAGAGAGGAGAACUUAUUGUCGGCCUUCUCCUUUUUCGACAAAGACGGUAGUGGUUUCAUAACGAUUGACGAGCUUCAACAAGCUUGCAGAGAGUUCGGUUUGAAUGACGUCCACCUUGAUGAAAUGAUCAAAGAAAUUGAUCAAGAUAAUGAUGGACAAAUAGAUUACGGGGAAUUUGCGGCAAUGAUGAGGAAGGGCAAUGGAGGAAUAGGGAGGCGAACAAUGAGAAGCAAGAUAAAUCUGGGGGAUGCCCUUGGACUUUCUAACAAUGGAGUCUCUGAUCUUAUUGAUUAAACGACAUUCAACUUAAGUGAUAAUGAUCUUUUUGAUGAUGAUAUCAUCUUCUUUUUGAGAAUAUUGUUGUAAUAUGGAAAGAAACCAUUAUUAGUUAAUACCCAACGACUUUUCUUCUGCCUCAUCUCUCUUUUCAUUGCUGAAUGGAUUGCCAUGAGGUAGGUAGGGUUUAAAAUUGUGCUCUAAUUACUUAUUUUCUCAAGAGACAAUUACGGAAUAUCAAGUUGAUAUAGGAUCUUUCUUUC